CUCCCCCCUUCCCCCCCCCCUCCUUCCACCGCCGCCACCGGGCCCUGGCGCGCGCUCGCCGCCGCCCCCCCGGUCACGUGACAUGCCGCGCCUCGGUUUUUCCCUGCCCUCAGCAACGGGAAGGCAGAAAGUUCCACGUUCGUUCCCCCCCCCCAAAAAAAAAAAAAAAAAACCCGGCGUAUCCACCGUCCUUCAAAUAAGCGACGUCCCCGCGGGUGGGCCCCGCCCCUUGGCGGCGGCCGCAGUCGAGCCUUGGCGAUCCGGGCCCGGUUCCCGGUAGGGUGGGGGGAGGGGAAGGCGGAGGCGAACGGCUGCGAGCGGUCACGUGACCCGGGCUCCCGCAAGAUGGCGGCUGCCGGCGAGAACUCUGCCGCGGCGGCGCAGCUCUCGCGAGAUUUCGCGUUUCUCGCUGCAUCACGGGGCGGGGGGGGCUCCGUGCGCGCGCCCCCGCCUGAGGCGGCGUUGGCGGGAGCGGCCUCGGAGCGGCGGGACCGGGCUCGGCCCCGGGCGCUUCGGCGUGAGGGGAAACGGUGUCAUCUGAGCUCAUCCCCGCCCGUGCUCCCGCUGGUGAAUGCGUCUCACUUCAGGCGGCCCCCUGGUCGCGUCCCGUCCCCCCGCGGUUGGCGGCUCCGAGCACCCCGGUGCGGCCGGUGCCGCCCCCCCCCCCCCCCGAGGGCUCCGCCACGUCCGCCCCUCACGGCACCGCGGCUCUGCAGGGCUCCUGCACAGGAAUUGCCCCAGGAGAAUGCGGGGGGACAUCCCUGCUGCCCUCCCUGGGGUGCUGGCGGAUGAGUUUUCCCUCGGGAAUAUUGUACAAGUUGCUAAUGUGAAACUUGCUGCUGCAAAGAGUUAAAAUCGGGAGACCACUCAUGCUAGUUUCACAUUUGGAGACAUUUUUUUAGUGCUGGAGGCCCCCAGACUGAGAAGACUUGUUAAAAGAGACUAUUUUCCAAUAAAAUGCUUUCCCAGUUGUGUAAGAACGUGAAAAUUUGUAAGAACUUUCACACAGAAUUGAGGAAGAUGUAGAUGAAGUGUGAGCAAUCAUGACAUACCUUCAAAUGCUCAGUGCUACUCAUUCUAUCUUGUGCAAGUUUGCUUAUUUUAUCAUUAGACAAAUUUAACAGGGAUUAAUAUAACCAAUAAAGGAUUAGACAGAUUAAGGCUAAACUAUUUAAAGACAAAGCAACGUUAAUUAAACUGACUUAAGUAAUUCAGAUUAAUCAGUGGUGCUUCAGAUGGAGAAAAGAUGACAGAAGUGAGGCCAGAGACCAGAAGAACAAUUUAAAGGGCAGCUUUUAUCUUGGUUAUUGCCCUCUGCACACUUCAGAUGAAGGCAUGAUGAAAUACAGCUCGCACGUGCGGAAUCGAACUUUAAAUCUCAGCAGCUCUGCACAAUUGUGACAAGGAAGGGAGGCUUUUGAUGUCUUGAGUUGAAAAGGGAGUUACCUGCCAGCGUUUGUGAUCAUCCUCGACUGCAAUAGGGAAGAACAUGCCCAAGACCAGGGCGGGCGGCGUGGAGAAGGCAAGCCCCGAGAGCGCCGAGAGGAAGGGCCCUAGCCGCCCCCGGGCCGGCGGGGAGAAUGUGUUUAUUGGUCAAUCCAAAAUCUACAGCUACCUGAAUCCCAACAAAGCUCCUGGUGCUCGCCCCCCGCUUCAAGAAGAAAACUCUGUCAUGUAUCACGAGGUGAAGUGUCAGGGCAAAACACUAAAGGAAACCUACAGGAAAGGAGCUGGAAAAAAGAAUGGUGGCAAAAUAGUUGAAGGUGCUGUGAAACCAGAAGACCAGAAGGAGAAGGAAGGUGGGUGCAAUCCUUCAGUGCCCUCCUCUGAUCAAAACCAAGAAACUGUGGAAACCCAAAAGACUCCCCUGCCUGCAGACUGUGCUGAGGAGGCCAAUGCAAAGCCAGCUCAGAAGAAGAUGGUUAAAGCAAAACGAGGACCAAGGAAAAAAACACAAGGAAGAACACCAAACCGAAAAGUGACAGAUUAUUACCCUGUUAGAAGAAGUUCCCGGAAGAGUAAAUCUGAAUUGGAGACUGAGGAAAGGAGGAAAAUAGAUGAGCUGAUUACAAGUGGGAAGGAAGAAGGAAUGAAGAUUGAUUACAUUGAUGGCAAAGGGAGAGGAGUAAUUGCUACUAAACAUUUUAAUCGAGGAGAAUUUGUGGUUGAAUAUCAUGGGGAUCUCAUCGAGAUCACUGAUGCCAAGAAGCGAGAGGCUGUGUAUGCUCAAGACCCAUCCACAGGCUGCUACAUGUACUAUUUCCAGUACCUCAGCAAAACCUACUGUGUCGAUGCUACGAAAGAGACGAAUCGUCUGGGAAGGCUCAUUAAUCACAGCAAGUGUGGCAAUUGUCAGACCAAGCUCCACGACAUCGAUGGUGUGCCUCAUCUCAUCCUUAUAGCUUCCAGGGACAUUAAGGCAGGUGAAGAACUCUUGUACGACUAUGGAGACAGAAGCAAAGCUUCCAUUGAAGCUCACCCGUGGCUGAAACACUAAUUCAUCUUCCUUGUUUUGGGGUUUUUAUUUUUGGACUGAGUGUUCUACGAGGAGUCAGUGCAUUUUUUUUUUCUGCCCUCACUUCCCUCAGCUUUCUUAGUGGAUGGCUUAUGGUCUUCCGAGCUCCUUAAAAACUGCCUUUUUGCUUUGCAGUAUUUAAAUACCUAUUACAGUUUUCCAGGCAGGCUUGAAUAAUUGAUCUUAGAUUGCCAAAACUUUUAUAUCAUAAAAGGAAAACCCUCCCUAAAAUUCGAAUGCUUCUGCGUAGUGACCAGUGCCACUUGAGCAGUGAAAGACUCGCACAGAAACUUAAUCACUGGGGUUGUGCUUCUGCUUUUGCAAGGAAAUCUCACGCCCCACUUUGGGGUGCUGAACUUGGCUUUAUGACAGAAGUACUGCUGUACUGACUUGGUCAUCCAGUGGCUUGCCUGCCUGUCAGACUGCUUUUCACAGCCCAGUGCUGACAGGCUUCUCUGAGAUCGAUGCUACUGUCAUUCUCAAAUAAUUUGUGGUAGGAAUCCAGUUUCUCCUGUGUCAUACAUUCUGUUGGCAAUGAACUUCAAAUGCACUGGCACUGAGGGAAAAGGAUGGUCAGAUUGACUGCUUCCUUUGGAGAAAUUACUCCCAGCCAAAUGAGGAUAAAUUUUGAUAGACUGGGUUCAUGCUGAUUGCAGAUGUGAAGCUAGAACUUCACAGUGAGAAUUAAUGUUUGACAUGUACUUAUUUUCUAAACUUCGAGAAGGUACCUUUUUUAUAGUCGAUGGCUGAUUCUUGGAGGUGUCUCCCAGAGGAUUUUAAAGAAGUAAAAACUCUCUCCAAAAAUUUUUUAUAUUACCUUCCUAUGCUAAUUAGCAACAUCAGAAGCUAUUUAUUUACUGUGAAUGCUUGAAGUAGAGCAUAGUGGUUCCAAAAAUAGGAGUCAUCUUCAUAUGCAGCUUCAAACUGUAGUGAUGGAGUUCAUGCAGUGAAGAAAGUAGAUUCCUUAUUGCCUGGUCCUGUAGGUCUGUCCAGCACAGUCUGGUCCCACUGUCUCACAUGGGAGUCGAGCUCUUGGCAUCUCGUGGAUGUUUGGAUGUUUCUGUUGGAGAGCCAUAUCUGGGAUAUAGGCAGGCAAUACAAUGCAGGUCCUUUAUGUUAAAGAGGAAUUCUUACCAGUUGGAAUUUUUGCCAAGGCAGGCUUGGCAUGUGUGUAGAUGAAAAUGGCUGUGAGCCAUCAGCCACGCUUGCUGCUGGAAGAUGUCAGCAAGGGAUCUGUGGCUCUGUUAACGUCUUCUAUUCCUCGUGUCUUGAAGGCUGCUGCUGUUCCAGCUGAAUGCCCUCUAGACAAUCUUAUGCUUGCCUAUGUGAUAGGUCAGAUAGCAACAACAUCCUGGUUGUGUGCUCCAGCAGCAAGAGAGGUGGCUUAGUGAUGUAUUUUUUAAAUUAAAAACUUGAAGACAAUGUCUCUGUAAAAUAAAGAAUAUAUUUAUUAUUGAUGAAACGGCUGCUAUACUACCUGUCUCCAUUGCAGUUUUAUGAGCAUUUUGAAAGAAAGCUGUGAAAAUCAUUAGCUAUUAAAUGCUUUAUAUUAUUUACUGCUUCACACAAGGCAAACUCGUCAGAGCAAGCCUGGGUUUCCCAUUUCUGAAGAAUUAACUGGAGACCUGUUACAUUACAUGUACUGAGUUUCAGGUAAGCCUUGUUGGCCAACUUGUCUGAGUUGGCACUGAUUUUUCUCUGGUCUCAGUGACAGAGACCUCAGCAAUGUGUACAGUGUCCUGUUAAACUAGAGCACUUCCCUUAAGUCAAAAUUGGAAUAAAUAUUUUUAAUUUUAUUUAAACAUUUACGUGUUCUCUAUCAGGUUGAAUAGCUUAAAACCUCUGUACUUCAGCAUCACUUUUGUAAACAAGAAAGGGGAAAGAUCUCCCUUGUUUUACAUAAAAAGAAAAUGUCUUCUCUGAAAGCUUAACUGGUAAUUGAGUAGCACUGCGUUGGAGGAUGGAAAUAAAGCUCAUGUUGCACUGCA